GUAGAAGCCCGACAUUCAGGACACCUGGCCAAUGGAAAUUGAGGUGGGCGGGCCAUCGCGCUGCCAGGCCCAAGUCCGGGAGCUUCCCGGCCGCGGCUACCCAGAGAGCGCGGAGCGAGUCGCAGGCAGACCAUGUGGACUUUGGUGAGCUGGGUGGCCUUAGUGGCAGGGCUGGUAGCUGGAACACAGUGCCCAGAUGGUCAGUUUUGCCCUGUGGCCUGCUGCCUGGACCCAGGAGGAGUCGGCUAUAGCUGCUGCAGUCCUGUUCUGGGCAAGGGGCCCACAGCGCUGAGCAGGCAUCUGGGCAGACCCUGCCAGGUAGAUGCCCAUUGCUCUCCUGGCUACUCCUGCCUCCUCACCAUCUUGGGGACCUCCAGCUGCUGCCCAUUCCCAGAGGCUGUGUCGUGCGGUGACGGCCGCCACUGCUGCCCACGGGGCUACCACUGCAGCGCUGACGGGCAGUCCUGCUUCCGAAGACCAGAUACCAACCCCUUGGGUGCCAUCCAGUGCCCUGAUGGCCGGUUCGAAUGCCCCAACUCCUCCACGUGCUGCACUAUGCUAGAUGGCUCCUGGGGAUGCUGCCCCAUGCCCCAGGUACAGGCUUGGGAAGAUGGGGGGCGGCGGGGAGCAGUAGGGGCAGAGCAGGGGACUGGAGGGAGCCAAGACAGAAUCAGAACCAUCUCUUAUCAGGCUUCUUGCUGCGAAGACAAGGUGCACUGCUGUCCCCAUGGUACCUCUUGUGACCUGGCUCAUGCCCGCUGCCUCACGGCCACAGGGACCCACCCCCUGGCAAAGAAGAUUCCUGCACAGAGGAGUAACCGGGCAGUGGUCCUGUGCCCCGAUGCACAGUCCCAGUGCCCUGAUGGUUCUACCUGCUGUGAGCUGCCUAGUGGGAAGUAUGGCUGCUGCCCAAUACCUAAUGCCGUCUGCUGCUCGGACCACCUGCACUGUUGUCCCCAGGACACUGUGUGUGACUUGGUCCAGAGCAAGUGCCUCUCCAAGGAGAACGCUACAGACCUCCUCACCAAGCUGCCGGCGCACGCAGUGCAGGAGGUGAAGUGUGACAUGGAGGUGAGCUGCCCAGACGGCUACACCUGCUGCCGCCUACAGUCGGGGGCCUGGGGCUGCUGCCCUUUUGCCCAGGCUGUGUGCUGUGAGGACCACGUACACUGCUGCCCGGCUGGCUUCAAAUGUGACACAGCAAAGGGUACCUGUGAACAGGGGGCCCAGCAGGUGCCCUGGAUGAUGCAGGCCCUAGCCCGCCUCCGCCUGCCGAAACCCCAAGCCAUGGAGAACGAUGUCCCUUGUGAUAACAUCACUAGCUGUCCCUCCUUCAAUACCUGCUGUCGACUCACGUCUGGGGAGUGGGGCUGCUGUCCUGCCCCAGAGGCUGUCUGCUGCUCAGACCACCAGCACUGCUGCCCCCAUGGCUACACGUGCUUGGCUGGGGGGCAGUGUCAGAGGGGGAACAAGGUGGUGACUGGAUUGGAGAAGAUGCCUGCCCGCCGGGCUUCCCUGUCUCACCACAGAGACAUGGGCUGUGACCAGCACACCAGCUGCCCAGUGGGGCAGACCUGCUGCCCAAGCUUGAGUGGGGGCUGGGCCUGCUGCCAGUUGCCUCACGCCGUGUGCUGUGAGGACCGCCAGCACUGCUGUCCGGCUGGGUACACCUGCAACGUGAAGGCCCGAUCCUGUGAGAAGGAGGCAGAUUCUGCCCACCUUGCUGCCCGCCUGGCCCGUGGCCCUCACGUGGGUGUGGGGAACGUGGAAUGUGGGGCCCGGCGCUUUUGCCACAAUAACCAGACCUGCUGCCGAGAUAGCCGAGGGGGCUGGGCUUGCUGUCCCUAUCGCCAGGGAAUCUGUUGUGCAGAUCAGCGUCACUGCUGCCCUGCUGGCUUCCGAUGUGGGGCCAAGGGAAUCAAGUGUCUGCGCAGGAAGAGCCUGAGCUGGGACAUGCCCUUGAAGGACCCAGCCCCGAGACAGCUUCUGUGAGGAGAGACUGAGGACUGAAGACACUCUGCAGCCCUCGGGAUCCUGCUCAGAGAGUACCCACUGCUCAGGCCUCCCCAGCACCUCUCCCCCACCAGAUUCUCCCGAUUCCCCGAUUCUGAGUCCCCCGCCCAUCAUGGGAGGUGGGGCCUCAAUCUAAGGCCUUCCCUGUCUCGGGGAGGGCUGUGGCGAAAGCCAUGUUACAAGCUGCCAUCCCCUCCCCCAGUUUCCAAGAACCCUGUGGCCAGGUGCUCUUCCCUAUCCACAGGUGUGUGUUUGUGUGUGUGUGUCUGUGUGUGUGUACGUGUGCGCGCGCUGCAGUAAAGUUUGUACACUUUCUUAA